AUGGCUAGAGAUACCAGAGGAGAAGCUCCACCACAUAUCUCUGUAUGGAAUAGAAGGAAAAUCUGUCUACCAUGCAUUCAAACACUUCCGAUUAGAUGGAAAAGUCGGUUUCGUCAUUGGAUCGCAAAAACCUUGGGUAGAAGUCUAUGCACUGCUAAAUGGAGCAAAAGAGAUUACUACUGUGGAAUAUCAACACCUGAAAAUCAAUGGUACAGACAAAGUUAA